AUGUAUCACAUACUGGACAAGUCCCCCAUAUCCACUUUUGCUCUCGCAGAGUGGGCCGGUCGCCUGGCAGUGCCAAAACUGCGCACGCCAGGCGAGCUCUUUCUUAUCCCGUCUCGCCUCCUUUCGGAUGCGAGCACUCUAGUUCCCUUUACCGUCGGCCUUGCCAAGAUUGGUCGACCUUUCCGGUAUCCCCCUGUUGAGGCUGUUGCUCCCUACUUCGGAUACAUCUGUCUACCAGCCGACCCGACGACCAACACGGCGCUCUGUGUUGAUGGCGACUCUUAUCGCAGAGUUCGACUAGCCUCGCUACUUCUGGACCUCUUCGAUUGGGUAUGGCUAAUCCGGCUCGUUGUUGUCUUGUUUCUGUGGCUGGCGAUGCCCAUCGUUUGUAGUCUGGCAACCGACUUCUUCAAAACCUUCACCGGUAUCGCUCGUCUGCAGGCAACUGUCGCAGAGUACGAUAUUAUCCUCGCACAACUCGAAGACGACCGAGCUGGCCAUGUGACCUCGUUAACAGAGCUCACUCUCGCUCUCGAUUCAAGUCAUGAGCACCUGGUCGAGAUCGAGCGCCUAAAGCAAGCGAGCACCAACAACGCAGUCAAACUUCAGACCGCUGAGGACGAGCUACAGGCAUCGAAGCGUCAGGUUAAGGUCCUGCGUGCCGAUUUGAAGAAUAUUGAGGAGCUCAGCGCACUGGGUCUUUCACGGAUCGCGGAGGCCACGAACACACUCAACGAAGGAACCGAUCUCGCAACUGAGCUCGAAGCAGCUCUUCGUCUAGAAUUAGCCGAGCUCGAUGAGCAAACAGUCAGCCUCGAGGCGCAACUCCCAGACCUCCUUGCAGCUCAAGCACUGCUGCUCGAGGAGCACUCUAUGUACCACACCGGCCACCUCUUGCAGGAAGAAAUCAAGGUGGCCGAGGCCCUCGUUUCCCAAGAUGUGCUAGCCGUCCUCCAUGACGAGAUGUCUGCCGAGUCUUCUACCUACGAUGCUACCUCAGCCGAGCUACAGAAGACGCUCGCAUCCCUCGCAUUCCAGUCCGCAGCCGUCAAUUCUGCGGAACGCCGCGCCCAAGACAUACAUAUUACCGACAUCGCCACCGCCAGAGCUCGAUUGGAGUCUCUCGAGGCUGAACUCGCCUCCGUCAACGGAGAGCUCGCUGUGGCUCAUGCAGAGCACGGAUCGCUCUUUGGCGAGUGCGGCCGUCUUCUCCAGGGCACAUCCACAGAAAAGGAAUCGACAGACAAGGCCGUCGAGGACGCCGCGAUUGCUCAAGCCGCACUGCUUAUGGCGACAUCCAUCCUCCGCAGCUCAGACCUGGAUUUCACCGUGGAGCUCGAGAAGGACAUCGCGAACCUGACCGCCGCUCUCGCGCAGGCUGCGAGCGAACACGAGGGCGUUCAGGAAAGCCUCGCCUCCAGCGUCGCCGAACAUCACAUGCACAUGCAAGUCUGUGCGGAGCACACCACCGAAGCGACUGCCCAGCUCACGUUCCUUAGCGACUGGAUUGCCAAGGAGCAAGCCGCCUUCGACUCCCUGGACAAGGAGUCGGUUGCACUCGCCACCGAGAUCGCGGAGAAUCGGGACGAGUACGAGGCGGAACAGCGGGGCCUGGAAUGGCGCCUGAAGAUGGUGAGCGAGGGGUACGCCGAGGAGGAGACAACGCUCGAGGCGGCGCGAAGCACAGUCCCGGGGGAGCUGAAGAAGGUGCGCUGGGCGCAUGACGAGGAACUCCGCCGACACUGGGUCGCCGUGGCCGGGUACCAGCUGGGCCAGCAGAUGGACGACGCGUUCGCGGACGAGCUCUUGGCGAGCCUUGCCGAGUCGAAGGCGCGCUUGGCACCCCUAGAGGCCGAGCACGCGAGGAUGGUUGCUUUCGAGCAGGCGCAACGCAAGCUCGAGACGGUGGUCGCAGACGCAUCCGAGGUCGCGGAAGAACUCAAGACGCGGGACACGGAGAUUGCGCAGGUCUCCGCCGAGAUCAUCGACGCCAGACGCAGCGUAGCCUCUCUUGAAGUCGAGGUAGUCGGGCUACGGAGCGCAUACAAUCGGAAGCUGGACGGAUUCGCGGAGCAGAAUGGUACGAUGGAGAAGCGAAUCGCGUUUGAGGGAACCCUUCGGCGUGCAGAGUGUGCAGAGGUGAAGGACCGGGUGAGGCUGCUAGAGGCUGCGAUUCUACUGUGUUCACCGGAGGACGGAGAUGGAGGAUGAGCAGUUGUUUUAGUAGUAUGAAAAUUUGCGAUAGCGGCAUGACACCGAAAAUUUAUUUGAAUUCGCU